UGGGCCAUUGCGCCUCCUGAAACAACGAAGAUAUAGCAAGGAAAACUUUAUAGUUCGCUGUACCCAGGGACUAUGAUAACAUAAACAAAAGAAAAGUCCCACCAUUUUUAAAUUACAGGAAGUCAAACAUUAAGAGGAGAAGAGUGAUUCCCCCUGUAUAUUUCAUUAUAAUGAUUGUGGAGUUGAACUGCAACGUACUUGUUAAGUAAACUGAGCUACAUGUUUAAAGACGUGGAAAAAAUAAGUUUAGACUACAUGAAGACAAGGAAACGAGAAUCAUUAUCCAAAGGCAGUAGAUGCAAUGGGAAGAUUGAUUUGAAAUUGUGUUUAUUUGUACCAGGCGUUAAAAGACAAUCAAUCAUUUCGUGAAAGAUCAAAUAAAGAUGUGAAGUUUUAGAUUUACCACAAAACAAUCUUGUAAGUGACAGAUGCAUUUCAAAAACUUCAGGGUAUUUGAUAAUAUCAAGAUUUUGAAGACUAAAGAAAUGACAUUACCAGUGAUAUAGGGAAUCUUGUUUCACAAAGAUCAUAUUUGAAGAAACUGUACUCUUGAAAGUAUCUAAAGAAAUAUUUAUCGUGAAAAUUUGAGAAGAAAAGUAUUUUUCAAUUUUGUGAAGAAAAUUUGAUGUUAUGGAGGAGGAACUAAAUAAAAAUCAGGUCCAUAAUGAAAUACAACUUGAUUAUAAUGAUGUUUCUCAUCAAACAGAGAAGACAUCAUUCAUGUGUGACAUUUGUGGGGAGUCUUUUAAAAUACAAAAAUGUUUAAUUCAACAUCAAUCCAUUCAUACAGAUUCAGAGCUCUAUAAUUGUAAAAUUUGUGGUGAAAAGCUCUCUACAAGUGAAAAUUUAAUUAACCAUAAACAUAUUCACACAAAAGAAAAUCCAUACCAGUGUGAUAUUUGUGGUAAAACAUACUCUGCUAUUAGAUUAGCAAGAAGACACAGACUUAUUCACUCAAGCGGAAAGCCAUACCAAUGUAAUAUUUGUGGUAAAUCGUAUACUGUAAAUAGUAGUUUAGCUAAACACAAACGUAGUCACACAGGAGAGAAGCCAUUCAACUGUGAUAUCUGUGAUAAAACUUUCACUGUUAAAUUUUCUUUAACUGUACACAAACGUAUUCACACUGGAGAAAAACCAUACCACUGUGAUAUCUGUGGCAAAAAGUUUUCUGCUAGAGGUUUGGCAACAAGACAUAAAAUUAUUCACACAGGCAACAAGCCAUACCAGUGUGACAUUUGUGGUAAGGCGUUCUACCAAGAAAACCAUUUAUUGAUACAUAAACGUGUUCACACAGGAGAAAAACCAUUUCAUUGUGAUAUCUGUGGUAAAACUUUCUCUGUUAAAUGUUCUUUAACUAUACACAGACGUAAUCACACUGGAGAAAAACCAUACCGGUGUGAUAUCUGUGGUAAAACAUUCACUGGCAGUACUCUGGUAUCAACACACAAACUUUCUCAUACUGGCAAAAGGCCUUACAAAUGUGAUGUUUGUGGUAAAGGAUUCAAUAUGAAUUGUCACUUAACUAAACACAAACGUAUUCACACAGGUGAGAAACCAUAUCAGUGUGAUAUCUGUGGUAAGUCAUUCUCACAAACUUCAAAUUUAACAACCCAUAAACGCAUUCAUACAGGAGAAAAACCAUAUCACUGUGAUAUUUGUGGUAAAAAGUUCUCCACAAACGAACAUUUAUCUAACCACAAAUAUAUACACACAGGGGUAAAACGAUAUCACUGUGAUAUUUGUGGUAAAGCAUUCUCCCAAAGAGGUAAUUUAAAGCCCCAUAAACUUCUUCACUCAGGAGAAAAACCAUAUCACUGUGAUAUAUGUGGUAAAAAUUUCUCUACCAAAGAUUAUUUAUCUAAUCACAAACGCAUUCAUGCAAAGGUUAAAACAUGCCGUUGUGAUAUUUGUGGUAAAGCAUUCUCUCGAAAUAGGGAUUUAUUGACACAUAAUCGCAUUCACACAGGUGAGAAACCAUAUCAUUGUGAUGUUUGUGGUAAAUCAUUUACUAUAAGUGGUCAUCUAACUAAACACAAACGUGUUCAUACAGGAGAAAAACCUUACCAUUGUAGCACCUGUGGUAGAAUGUUCUCCAAUAGUUCAAUUUUAUUGGCCCAUAAACGUAUUCACACUGGAGAGAAACCAUACCACUGUGAUAUCUGUGGUAAAUCAUUCACUAUAAGUGGAUCUUUAGCCAAACAUAAGCGUAUUCACACAGGAGAAAAACCAUUCCAUUGUAAUAUUUGUGGUAAAACUUUCUCUGAAAGUAGUUCUGUAAUAUCUCAUAAGCGCGUUCACACUGGAGAAAAGCCAUAUCAUUGUGAUAUCUGUGGAAAAACAUUUACUGCUAGUGUUUCAUUAUCUACACAUCAAACAAUUCACACAGGAGAGAAACCAUAUGACUGUGAUGUAUGUGGUAAAGCAUUCUCGCGAUCUUGUAAUUUAUCAAGGCAUAAGCGUCUUCACACAGGAGAUAAACCGUAUCAUUGUGAUUCAUGUGAAAAAACGUUUACUUCUAAUUCUGAUUUAAACACACACAAACGUAUUCACACAGGAGAGAAACCAUAUCACUGUGACAUCUGUGGUAAGUCAUUCUCUCAAAAUAGUCAUUUAUUGAACCAUAAACGUAUCCAUACAGGUGACAAACCAUAUCACUGUGAUAUUUGUGGUAAGGCAUUCUCUCAACAAAGUACUUUAUCUGUCCACAAACGUAUACACAGGUGAAAAUCUACACCUCUGUAUUUGAUUUAGAACAUUAUCAUAUUAAUAUUUUAACUGUGAAAUUGAUUUUCAUAAUUAUUACAGAAAUGAUGAUGUGUAUAUAUAUGAAUCAAAAAGUAGAAUUGUUUUUUUUUUCUGAAAAUUACAUUGCAUCAGUAAAUUUGACAUAUUUCAACAGAAACUCAUUCCACUCAUGACAUUAUUCCCCAACAAAAGAUAGAUUGCAGUAUAAAACUGCUUUUUGCAGUUAAGAGUAUUGGAAAUUUGAGUGGGUAUUUCUGCUUUCUGCUUUGAAAGUGUAAAGUUUUUUUGUAGCAAAUCAACCAAGCAUUUUGUAGAGCCAACAUGCAGAAAAUAAUUCGGUUGUGUUAGCUGUAUCUAUAUAUUUGUCAUCAACAAUUGAAAGAAGUAAAAGCGGGGUCCUUUCAGUUCAUUAACUAAAUUUCUCAUAAUAAAUUUUCAUCAUUAAAGAACUUAUUUUGUAUAUUGUGGCUGGUAUUUGUUGAGCCACCACUGAUUAGUGUGAUCUUUCAUAAAAUUCCACCAGAGUUGUCAUCUGACAUGUGACGAAAUUGGAAACUCUGAGUAGCUACUCCGAGACUUCAGCUCUUAAUAAAUCUUAUCCCAUUCUACUUUA